UGGAACUCCUGAGAUUUAACUUUAUUCAAGGCAAAUGCUAGUCACACGAGUGAGAGUGCACGGGUUUAAAAUUAGUUAUGGCGCUGUCUCCAAUAAGUAUCAGUUCCUGCUGGUUGUAGUAUCAUGUGAUUUUUGUUUCCCUUCAUGCAUCUCCUUAUCUGUUGCAAAGAAUAAAAAAAACAAAAAAAACAGAGGCUGGUUUAACGUGGUACGUAGUCCUGCCACGCCCUCUUGCUUUCUCCACCUGUUUCUAUUUCUGCUUUCGUUCUGUUUUGUCUCAAUCAAACCUUCACAGCUCACUUUACCUCUUCACCUGCUUGACCUCUUGUUCAUUAAAAGCUAUGGCUGGACCCAGGCCUGUGGUGUUUAGUGGUCCGUCCGGGGCAGGAAAAAGCACCCUGCUGAAGAAACUUAUCAAGGAACAUGAAAAUGUGUUUGGCUUCAGUGUCUCUCAUACAACAAGAAACCCUCGUCCAGGAGAAGAGAACGGCAGAGAUUACCAUUAUGUUACACGGGAGGCUAUGCAGGCGGCCAUAAACAACGGCGAGUUCAUCGAGAACGCAGAGUUUUCUGGAAACCUGUACGGCACAAGCAAAGCCGCCGUCCAAGCCGUCCAGGCCAAGAAUCUCAUCUGUAUCCUUGACAUCGACAUGCAGGGCGUGAAGAACAUCAAGAAGACAGACCUCAAUCCCAUGUACAUCUCCAUCCAGCCGCCAUCCAUGGAAAUUCUGGAGAAGCGAUUAAGGGACAGGAAUACCGAGUCGGAGGAGAGCCUUCAGAAGCGUUUACAUGCAGCCAAGGUGGACAUGGAGUUAAGUAAAGAACAUGGCAUGUUUGAUGUCGUUAUUGUCAAUGACGAUUUGGAGGAUGCUUAUAAGAAUUUAAAACAAGCUCUUCUUGAGGAAAUUAACAAAGUCAAGAAAGCCAAGACUUCUUCGUAGAAGACGGCACCACCCGGCAUCUCAUCCAUUCACUCCCCUAUAACUCCAGACCUACAUUUGACAUGUACAUUCCCUCAGAUGGUGGUCUGUGAAACUCAGACAGCUUAAAUAAGGAAUCUACAAACAUGUAUUUAGAUUAAGUUAACUUUAGUAAAAAAAAAAAAAAUGUUUUCUUUUUAAUGAGCAUUUUUAGAUUUUUUUUUUUCUUUGUUUGGAAAAAAAGCUACUCCAAUGAAUCUUACUUGAAGUCUGACUUGCACAAAACAGGAAGAUUCCUGUUGUUACAGAAUUCUCUUCAGUCGGGACUGCAUGGUGCCUUGUUCGUGGCACAUGAAUCAGGGAGCAGUGUGACCCAUUCCAUCAGGUGGACAAACCAGUUUUAGGAUGUAAAGCCAGUUGAUAUGACAUGCUGGUUGUUGGCACCAAACUGUGCUCACCUGGUAAUGUCAUUUAGUGUUGAUGAAGUAGAAAUAAUCCAGAGUUGUGAUAUGUGGUGGUUAGGCAGGAUUUAAAAUUCAGGAGGUUGUUUACGUUCAGGAGGUAUAUACAAGUCAGGCAUACUUUUGAAACAUUACUGUUAUUCCAUAGUUUGGUAAAGCCAUUCAUUUUAAAGCUGUUUUGUUGUUGUAUAUGUUAACAGUUGUAUAAGUUUCAUUUGGAUUCUGUUGUGCUCAAGUAAGUUAAAUCCAAUCUUGCUUAGAGAAACAAAUCGUUUGUCAUUGUCACUUUUUUAUGUUUUAAGCGGGGAAUACAAAGUUGACUAUUUUACAAGUGUAAUUUUGUAAACUUUUAUAUUGUGUAACUUGUUCACAUUGUAGCUUUAUGUGUAUAGUGAAAUGACAUUCAUUGGACUUUAAAGCAUAAAUAAAUGGACAUUUUAA